CUGGAAUUAGACAGACCUGGGUUCCAAUCCUGGUGAUGCAGUGACCUUGAUCAAGUUAUUGAAUGUCUAAGCCAUAGUUUGCUCAUUACUAAAUGGAGGUAAUAACGACCUAUAUCUUAUCUAGUUGCUGUGAGGAUUAGGUGAUACAGUGCAUGUAAAAAUAUUAGCUUAGUGCCUGGCACAUAGCCAGUGUUCAGUAAAUGGUCAUUCUUUUUAUUAGUCAGGACAGGUCAGGAUUUUGAGUUUAGUAUUUCUUUUUCUUUUCUUUUUCUUCUGCUCUCUGCUAACAAAAAGUUUGAUACUUCUGAUGAGCCUCACCCACACUGAACUUUCCAGUCUCGCUUCCCCUCUUGCUAACUGUGUUCCUUGGACAAGUUACGGAACCUCUCUGAGUCAGUGUUCUUAUCUGUUACAUGCAGUUUACAGUUCCCAUCUCACAGUGAGGAUGAAAUGAGAUCAGAGCACCUGAUACAUAGUAAGUGCUCAAAAUACUUAUUUCCUCCUGUUUUGGUUCUCGAGUAUCUGAAAUACGGCCCCUUUAAGCUUGUUAAGAUUCCUCGCUAGCCUUGUAUGCAGCUGUGGGCAGAGAGCUUUGGCAGAAGGAAAGACUUCUUGUUUUUUUUUAAAUGACUGUUUCAUAAUCUGUUGGCUCAAAUCUGCUGCUGCCACACCCUGUGCCUCUCAGGGUCCCUGGGCCCCAUUGCAGUUAUCAUAUGCCUCACCUUUAACCUAAAUGACCCUGGGAAUGGCUGCUAUGGAAGGAUUUACUGAAUGCAAAAUGGAUUUUCUUCCCUGCUCUUUGGGGCAAAGCUGGCUCAGAGAUUCUUAGCUGCAGGGGGAGGGGCUGGCAGGCCUGAACUGCAAUUGGACUUAGCAGCCAGGGGUUUUCUGGUUUUCAUUAAAAUUCUCUGGCUGUCUUUCGGGAUAGCUCCAUUGGAUAUGACUGUGCACUGGAGCCGGUUGUGCUGUUCUCUCAGCUAUACACACCCAUCAAAUCACAGUGCCCCUGAGGACGAGAGAAAAUUGAAGCUGUGUAAAUGAGUAUGGAAGAUUAUGAUUUCCUGUUCAAAAUUGUUUUAAUUGGCAACGCUGGUGUGGGGAAGACGUGCCUCGUCCGAAGAUUCACUCAGGGUCUUUUCCCCCCAGGUCAAGGAGCCACAAUUGGAGUUGAUUUUAUGAUUAAGACAGUGGAGAUUAAUGGUGAAAAAGUAAAGCUACAGAUCUGGGACACAGCAGGUCAAGAGAGAUUUCGGUCCAUUACCCAGAGUUAUUACCGAAGCGCCAAUGCCUUGAUCCUCACCUAUGACAUUACCUGUGAGGAAUCCUUCCGUUGCCUUCCUGAGUGGCUGCGAGAGAUAGAACAAUAUGCCAGCAACAAAGUCAUCACUGUGUUAGUGGCCCCUGAGGUAUCAUUUGAUAUCACCUCCAUCACCUGUAUUUCUUGCAGAUUUGUAGGCAACAAGAUUGACCUGGCUGAAAGGAGAGAGGUUUCCCAGCAGCGAGCUGAAGAAUUCUCAGAAGCUCAGGACAUGUAUUAUCUGGAGACCUCAGCCAAGGAAUCUGAUAAUGUGGAGAAACUCUUCCUUGACUUAGCAUGCCGACUCAUCAGUGAAGCCAGACAGAACACACUUGUGAACAAUGUAUCCUCACCUUUACCUGGAGAAGGGAAAAGCAUCAGCUAUUUGACUUGUUGUAAUUUCAACUAAAGGCUGAGGCACGGAGAAGCAAAGGGAAUCAGCAACUGCCCUGAUGGGCCGUGAGAUGCUGGGGAGAUCUGGCGAUGACUGUGGCUCCCGCUCUCGGACCUUCUGACUCCUGUGGGCUCCUGAGCUUACAAAGCAUGGCAGGCCAAGGGCCUCGACCACAGGCCAGCAUUAGCAGAACAUAUAAUGGUUUCACCCUUUUGCAGUCUGGAGUUGGAGCAAGGAGAAAAUUGCACUAGGCACUCCAUGAUCUGCAGAGCAUGUUGCUUUUGUUUUUUUAAAAAGCAAGUAAAAGCGCAUUCCUGAACAGAGUCCAGGGGGAAAUGUACUGUAGGGAUCCCUCCUGCACAUCAGUGGGUGCAUGUGGGAGCUGUUCUUUAGGGCUUCGGUGGUAAUCAUCUUGGGGCCCUGGUUUUCUUGUCUACCAGAUAAACCAAAACUGGGAAGGCCAAGUACAGUCUCUGUGGUGCGUAUUGACGACCCCAUGGAGAUUUUGAAAAGUGUUAUUUCUCUUGUCCACAGGCACUUUCAAGAACUUUGGGAUGUAAAAAUGAAAUGAAACCUUUACCCAUGACCAACAGUAACAAUCAUUGUUUUAAUAAUAUAUACAAACUCCAUGACUCCUUUUGGUGCUAAUGAUUCCGCUAUUUCACAGACCAAACGUUUUAGUACGUUGAUGUCCUUAAAUGUAUUAUAAAGAAAUAAAAAAAAAAUGGGGGAAGUCCAUGAAUCAGCACUCUUUCUCAAAGUCUCAUUACUACCUUUUUAAAGGUGGAUUUUUGGGAAAAGAGAAUAGUUUUCCUUUUAUGUUCUUCUCUGAAUCUCUACCACUUUCUUCUCUUGUGUCUCCGGCCCUUUAUGUAAAUGAAAAAGUUUGCAAAAUGAAAAAAAUAAACAAAUAAAUGGUUGAUGAUAUUCUAAUAUAAAAACUUAGCUCUAAGACAUUUUGAGUAGUAUGAGGAAACAGACCAGAUAUGACCAAAUACUGUGGAUGAAUGGACUGUAGUGCAGGGCUCCAAGCAGAGCACAGUCCUCGAUAGUAGGUCACGUCUUUUACUUCCUGGUACUCUCCAUCUUGGACAGACCAAGGCUUAGGAUUUUGUAGAUUUUUUAGUAUGAUAAGUGAGAAUAGCAACAGAUGAAAAGUCUCACAACCCGUUUUUAUAUCUUCUGUGAUAACCUUAGAAAAUUUCUGCUUGUGGAAGCAGAUUGAACUGUUUUUAACCCCUCCUUCUUGUAAUAAUGUUAUCUUCAGACGCUUAACCAUACGUUCUUUCUUUUUUCUUUCUCCUUUCCUCUCUGUUUUUCUGGUCUCUCCUUUUCUUCUUCCCUCCCUCCCUCCUUCCCUCCCAUCCUUAUAUGCAUGUGUUACUGCAAAUCUCCAAUUCAAAUGGAGGUGUAUAUGCCUUUACUUAGCCAAUUUAAAAACAGGACUCAAAAUGGGAGAUGUGCUGCUGAAUAUGUGUUUCUGUUUCUUCAGUGCCAUACUUUGAUAGCUUCCAAUUUGUUCACUGAUAUAAAUGCAAAUUGGGAAAAUAAUUAAACCUGUAUGCUGUUGAUGCUGUCAGAUGUUUCUGUAGCUUGCUGCUUAGCAUAACUGAGGGAGGAGUAAUGGAAUAAGGAUAUGAUGUUUAAUUCCACUGUUGCUGUAGAUGGUGACAGUCUCAGUACUGACAUGUUGAUGUUUGAAAGCUAUUUAAUUGUAAAGAAUUGAGUCAUGUAAAGACACGAUGUGGAUAAAGCAUUUCUGGCAUUUCUCUAGCAGAUUCCAGAUUGACCAGUCUCUUACACAUGAGAUUAUGCAUAUUUUUUAAGGGACUGAUACUUCUGAUUGGCCUCACUGUGUUUUUCCUCAUCCUAUGGGAAAGAGAAAGGGAUCCCAGAAGUUUGACUUGUUUUUCUUUUAGAAUCUGUCUCUGCAGGAAAGAAAAGUCAUUUUAAUAAAAACCAAAAUAAUUUAUAAUAAUUGUUGCCUUUCCCUCCCCAUCCUCUCCACUAAGCCAGCAACUAAAGGUAUUCAGAAAACAAGUUAAUCAAGGAGGGCAGAAGAACAUAUUUUAAACUGUAAGGAAAUGUUCCUACGUUUAGAUUUAUUACCUGUCAUUUAGGGCAAAAAUCCAGUGUCCCCAGCACAUGAUGACCCAACUUUGUCUCACAGUAGCAAGUGUGUUGAAAAUAAAGUUGCUUUGUGAACUUAGAGGAAAUGGCUGUGUUAGAUUGGACUGAUUUAGUUGCAAAAUAACACCUUUUAGGGUCACACUUGUAUUAUUCCCUAGGGUUUAGCCUUCUCUGUAUACCCUUGGCUAGACUCAGAAGGGGAUUAAAAAGCUCGAUCUUGGCCUCUUUCUUCCUUGUUGCUCCUCCCGGCCUUUCCAUAACUUACCCAUCCACAGCCCGUCAGCAGGAACACAUGAGAAUGUGGGACUUUGUUUCUUUUUUUCUUAGUUGUGUGAAUUCCAGAUUAGGCCUUACGGAUGCUUGUCUACUAAUAUAUCUCAAGUUUGAAAACAAUCCCUGACAAUUUUGUAGGUGCAAUAAAUAUUAGUCAAAUAAACAUUUAAGUGCCAAGAAGGAGGGGUGGGGGAAGGAGCUUUUUUUGAUUAAACAGAAAUUCCUUCAAGUAGAACUUGAGAAAGGACACUAAUUACAGUCAUCUUAACCCAGGCCAGAACCUAAAUGUAUUGGUUUGCCUAACAGUCUUAUUGUCAUGGCACUGUUUGCUAAGAUGAGCCUUCUUUACAUAAAAAUGAACUCUCAUCUAGUGGUGGAUGAAAAAAGAGAAAUUACUUUAUCAUAGUUUAAUUUGGCUUGGACUACCAGGGUCCAUGUAUUCCUCCAUUUUUGGUGUGAUCUUUUUCUUCUUUCAAUAAAAUUAUUAAAUAUGUGGCAAAACAUUUUUGUUUCCAAUGAAAAUGCAUGAUACUCAUGUCAUGGAGUCAGGCUUGGGAAAAUCUAUGAAAUAAUAGUUUGCUGAUAAUGAUAUUUUAUGAUGGCUUUGUGUAGACUACAUCCUCAAAGGAUGUUGUGCUUCUUUGCCCAUAGAAGGCUUUUUCUCCCUUUGUAUGUUUUUAUUAAAUCUGUUGAAUUAUAUUAAUGUUUUUUGAAUUUACAGGGCCAAUCAUCUUUUUGGUGGAUUACUUGCAUUAGGCCAUGGGCUCUUCCUGGCCUUUCUUUUUCUCGGUCUUUUAAUCAUUUCACGUUUUUAUCUCUCCCUGAGUAAAGUGGCAAGAAAACUAAAAGUGAAAGUUAAAUGGGUUGAUUUGACAAUGUGUCAAGUUCUGAUGUAGAGUUAAUAAGGAAGGUAGAAACGAUUGACCAAAAUAAGAUAUUUGGAUCAGGAUUAGUUAAGCCGUUUAGAUUUGGCCAGAGACGCCAGAUUUAACAAAGGACUGGGUUCUUAUCUUCUUUCAUUCAUGAAUAUAUGCCUUGGAAGGACACUAGUGAUUCCCACAGAAUUAGGCCAAUGAUUUGCCACAUUACCCUUUAAGCUAGCCCAUAAUUCUAUCAGAUCCCGCACCAAGUUUCAGUUCAUGACUCAUAUGAAUAAAUAGCAGUUGUAAAUGAUUUUGAAUUGGUCUUCCUACUAAAGUGAAACAUCUUCUUUUAAAUCAAGCCACAUGAAUGAAAUAGCACAAUCAGAAAAAUUGUUUCUUUCUUUUUUUUUUUUUGCAUAUCAAACCAAUGGCCUUCUCCACUAAGCCAGCAACUAAAGAUAUUCAGAAAACAAGUUAAUAGAGGUGGGCCGAACUUUUUGAACUGUGAGGAAAUGUUCCUAAGUUUAGAUUUAUUACCUGUCAUUUAGGGCAAAAAUCUAAUGUCUUUUUUAUUUCUUAAUCCUGUAGAACUCUGUAUUUCACAGUAACGAGUACUUAGGGAUCAUUGCUCUGUUAGCCUCUGGGAGAGAUCUUCUAGGGUUUGCCAUUACUUUUUUCUAUAAUUUUUUUUGUUGUUUCUCAACCAUGGUCCUGACAUGUUUAUACUAUGAUACUUUUGAGACUUCACUAAAGAAUUAAAAGCUGUGAAACAACAUUUGCUUCUCAUCCUUCAGACAAAAUGUGUUCCAUUUAAGCAGCAUGGUUAAACACUAAUUUUGGGAUAAGGGAGGGAUAUGUUUUCUUUACUUUCUUUUUGGAUUUUAUUUCUGUGACAUGAGCCAAUUUGUGUUUGGAAGGAAAGAUGCCUUCCUUUACAUUCUUCACACUGGCAAAUUUUUCAUACUGAAUCAAGAAAUUAUCAUCCCUUCAAAACACAUAUUAAUAUAGCAACGUUAGAGUAAGGGAGAUGGUAUAUCAUCUCCUCUCCUCAGUCCCUUGAUGUUGGAAUGUUAUUAUCAUUUCCAGGAGCCAUACUUUGAAAUUAAAAACAAAUGGAGGCAUUACCAGUCUGGUGAAGGAAUUUUAAAUGCAAGACAUUUAAAGAAUACCUGAAGGAUUUGGGGAGACUUAGGUUAGGAAAAAGAGGGGAUUACAAUUAGUGCAUUAGAACAAGAUGAUCUGUGGUUCAGAGGGGUGGAAUGAGGCCCACUGAAUGAGGCCGUAGGGACACAGAUGUGGGUUCCAUGUCAGGGAGACCAUUCUCGAAAAGUUGGUUCACUAUGGGACAGGCUGCCUCAGGUGAUAGCCUCUGUCAAGAGGCAAAGAUGUGGAGAGGAUCCUGUUGGUUAGAGAUUGGAGCAGGGGACCUAUUAACCUAAAUUCCCAUGUUGUAUGUAGUACUUUGCCCCUCAUAACAUGUUCAAUUAAAUAUCUGUUAAUUCAUAGCUAAUGAUUUUUUAAUGGGCCCUCGUUCUUCUGCCACAGUGCAUCCCACCUUCAUCUUUCAGGGAAGAGGUUGGUUGCACGUUGUUAGGCCAAGAGACCCUCCAUUAAGCCCUAUGCUGGACUUGCUUUAUCAGUCCAUUCGUUGAUGUCCUGUUGAAAUCACAAAUUGGUUCUUGAGUUAAAAAUCAAAAGGUAUUGUUUUAGUAGAAGUUACAUGAAAUUAUUCAUUUAUCACUUGCCAAACAUAGGCCUUGCUCUGUUUAAUAAAUAAUGGGUGUCUCCUUCAAGAUUUUAGGAUAUGCCUUUUUAACAGAGCAGAAUCUUUUGUUAAAGUUCUCACAAACAGACCAACAAGAAGUUUUGCAGCUCCCAAGAGAGAUGGGCUGGUGGGUCACUGACAUAAAGCAGUCCCCAAGAUCUAUUUUAGAGAAGUCUCAAUGACAUUUCCUUUGUUGGUUUGAUUCUCUUGAGAAUACAUAAGUUUAAAAGAACUGAGGUCAAAUUGCUUUAUGUGAAAAGCAAUAAAAACAAGUAUUUUUGACUUGAAAAUUAGAGGUAACUGUAAGCAAUUUUUGCUAAUGAAGUCUAUGACCCAAAUUAUUCCACCUGCAAAAUAACUUUCACCAUUGCAAGGUUGAUAGAUAGCUCUUCACUGGUCCUUUUUUGUUUGUUUGUUUGUUUUUUAAGUCAUUGGUCUUAAAUCAGUAUGGUGACAAAUCUAUUUGAGUUUGAUUGAGACUUUCUUGGAUUCCUUUGGACAAGAGGUCAGAGCACAAAGGCUAGUCACCACUUCUUUGACUUCUUGAGGUAUGAGCCAAAAUUUUACUUUUCCAUUGAUUUAAAGCAGAAUUUUUGGAGAUGCUGUGUUCUAGUUCCUGAUGGAAUCUUUGGUGGUUGGUGACUUUGACACUUCAGAGAGUGAUGUGGGGAGUUAUAUAGAAGAGGAAACACUAGUUUAGGUGUGAGGAGUCCUAGUAUGCCACAAAUUAGCUGAGACUUUAGGCGAAGCACAAUGUCUUGAGCAUCAAUCUUCUCAUCUAUGAGACAGACCUGUCAGGAUUAUUGUGAAAAUCAGAUAAGUUGAAAGUACAGUGCUUGGUAAACAGCACUCAAAUAUUAGUUCCUUUUCUCCUUAAUUAAGAGCAGACUUUGAAUGGUCUGAUGCCAAGUGUAGAUCCUUAAGAGACAAAACAAAGAAACUUUCCUGGCUUCAAAGAAAAGAACUCCAUUUCUGAAAGGGUGCCUUAAAAGGAAGUCAUUUAUCUGAUCCAUCCUUUUGCCUUUGGGCAUUGCUGUCACCCUCCAUUUCUUUACAAACUUCAGGCAAGGUGGUCUCUCUGUCUCCCAAUAGGCAAUUCCAGGGUUGUAAACUCAUUAUCAGGAAGCUUAAUCUUAGAACUGAAAUACCUCACAGAGCAAUUUAAACCUCUUUCUUCUUGAUCCUAUUCUUCAUGGGAAGAAAAUUGGGUUGAUCCCUCUUCUUUUUAAGGAGCCACGUAUGCCAUUUAUUAUUGCUCUUUUGCCUAUUUAAAACAAUAACAGUCAGAAAAAAAAUAAUGAUUAUCAUUAAAUGAUAAUCAUUAAAAUGAUAAUCGUUAUUUACUUAGUGAAUGUCAGGAUAGGUAUUUAUUACUCUUAGCUUCUUACUGGUAUCAGAUGUAGAUCACAGUCUUACUGUUGAUUAACUCUUCAGUUAUAUAUAUAUACUUUGGUUCUUUAGUUAUAUAAUUGAUAACAAAGUGUGCUUCUGAAGAAUUAUUCUGGCUGUAUGGUUCUUGUUUCCUCCCCUUGGAAAAAAUGGAGUCAGCAAUCUCAGUUUUGUGAUCUGCUUUUAAUUUCAUAUAUGACAUUAUUUGAUGUACAUAAUUACCAACAUCCAAAAGGGUUUCUUCCCCUUUCUACAUGUGCACUAAAUUCUAAAACAAAAAUUGGAAUACAAAAUGCCUAAAAAAGCAAAAAUUCAUGUACACAAAAGCAAAAGAUAAUCUAGUUUGUUAAGAUAAUUUGUCACUAGCUGGUUGAAUAAUGCACAGUUUUUGUUUAAGGUUACACAGUUAUGCCUGGAUUAAAUAACAAUAGUAAAACCUGACAAGUCUUUUGAAAAACAGCUGCUAAACAUAUUGCUCUCUGGAAUGUAAUCAUUAGCAACAAAUAUUCUCUUAUUCUACACAAUUGCAGAAUGCUAGUGGAACUUUCUUGUAGGCUAUUUGACAAUGAAUGUUAAUUGAUUUAUUUUUUAAAAAUGUAAAAUCCUCUUAUCCCUUUAAGGCCGGUUUAGGCUUUCGUGUCCCUGUGGUAGAAAAUUUCAAAUGCUGGCUUCUAAUUUCUACUCACUGAAGUGUCUUCCAGACAUACCAGAUGGUUGGAGCUCCUUUGAUAGUAUAUAAGGGAGCUACAUAAAUGUAUUUGAACUAACUCGUGAACAAAAUUUCUGUUUUCAGCAAAAAAAAAAAAAAAAAAAGAGAAACAAACUGCUCAAAAUUUCAGAUAAUACAGGAGUAAAAAGAGGUUUUUGAUAAUCUGAAGGGAAAAAGUGUGCCCCAUAUAUCUUGUACACACUUUUAAUGCAUGACUUUUAGUACAGAGAUGAAAUAAAAUGCAAAAUAUAUAAUUCUGGAGAUCUCAGCAGCUAGUUAAAAUAUUUAGAGAAGCUGCUUUAUGAAAACUUAGAGAAUCCUUGAUCUCCCCCACCUUUCCUAUCACUCCAUUAAGACAUGGAUCUUUAAUAUUAAUACACACAUAGUUUUAACUAAUAAACAAGUUAAUCACUGAGUUUUAUGAACUCGAUUCUUGAUAUUUGGCUAUUGGUUUUAAGCAUAGGAUAUCAGUAUUAUUUGUAUACAGCAGUAUAUAAAAUCUAACCAACUUCAGUAUAAGAAUAGUACUUGAUUUAAAAUGUUAAUAUGCAAAUAUUAACAGUAUACUACAUCAUAUUUUGUGUGUUCAUAUAUUGAUCUUUUUACUUAACAAAAAGCCUGUUAGAAAUAUAACCCACUGAUGACCUGAGUCCAAUUAGCUGAAAACAUUCUGUAGAAAGAUGAUUGUAUGAAAAACUCAAUCAACAUUAAAAAAGGGAAGGGGAGAGGGAACACAAACUUGAACAAAAUAUUCUUAAAUGAAGUUGCAUCUCUUUUUAAAAUUAAGAUAUAAUUCAUGCACCAUACAGUUUACCCUAUUAAGGUGUAAACGUCAAUGUUUUUAAACAUAUUCAUUAAGUUGUGCAACAUCACCACUGCCUAACUUCAGAACAUUUUCAUUACCUCCAAAAGAAACCCCAUACCAUUUGCAAUCACUCCUCCUCCUCCUUCCCCCAGUAUCUGGCAACCACUAAUCUACUUUCUGUCUCUAAGAAUUUGCCUAUCCUGGACAUUUCAUAUAGUCAAACAAUAUGUGGCCUUUUGUGUCUGGCUUCUCUAAGCAUAAUGUUUUCAAAGCUCAUCCAUGUUGUAGCAUAAAUCAGUACAUUGUUUUCAUGGUUACAUAAUAUUUCAUUGUAUGUAUAUGCCACAUUUUAUUUGUCCAUUUAUCAUUUGAUGGACAUUUGGGUUGUUUCCACCUUUUGAUUAUAAUAAUGCUGCUAUGAACAUUUAUGUAAAAGUUUUUUGUAUGGGUGUAUGUUUUCACAUCUCUCUUAAAAACAAUUAGUCUAGCAAAUCAAAUCAUUUAUGUUUAAGCAGAACCUCUUGCAAUCCUAUUUGGUGAGUGCAACUUAUGAUCUUAGUUUAACUGAUCAAUUAGGAGACCCCUGAAUAAAGUCUAACUCCCCAAUAUAUCCAUAAGAAUUUUUCUAUGAGCCUGUCAUUUAGAUGUGAUAAUCAAUCAAUUUCAUGAAGACUGUUUCAGUCUUGUAGAAAUUGAGUUGCCAUCACAUAGAGGAUUUCUUGUCCUCUGCAUUGUUUAAAGGACAACUACAAAUCAUGCUGGAUAAGAGUACUCAUUCAAUCUUUUAGGAUUCAAUGAAGUAGCAUUUUAAAUAUGUAAGUUAUUUUGUAUAUUGUCUGUCUUUUAAAGUUUGGACUUCUUGAAAAAAAGUUUGUCAAAUCGCCAAACCAUAUGACUGUCCAUUCAUUGUAGCUUAUGUUUUUAUUACUCAGAAAUAAUUCAUACUGAGAGUAAAAGAAAAAGAAUGUAUUUUGUGUGCAAAGGAUGAAUGUAUUAAAAACUUUUUAUUUGUAACAAUUUUUUAAAAAACUAAAUGGAAUUGCUUUCCCAUGUACUUGUAUAUAAAUAAACAUUUCCUGUUGCCCA